UAAACAGCUCGUCAACCACCUCGGUAGCUUGCUAGCCAACAUAGCCGAAAGAUUCAAGCUAUUUAUACGCUUUCGGUGUAUAUUAGCUACUGUGUGUUAGACACACUUAGGUCGUAUCUACUUGUUAACCUAUUUAAUUUAAUAUUACGUUAUUUUGUAUUAGUCAACUAUAGUAGCUGGCUGGUUAAAUUAGCACUAGCCUAGUCGCUAAUGAUAGCUAGCUAGCUAACAUCCCCGACCAUGAGUUCAAUAAACUACUCCACUCUCGUUAAAGAAGAGGAGGUCUGCUGGACGGAGAAAGAAGCUCUUGGGCUGAACAUUGUCGUGAAAGAGGAGAAGGAAGAAGAGGAUGUUACAGUAAAACAAAAAGUAGAGGGUGAGGCUGUUACCCUGAAAGAAGACGAGAAAGACGUUUCAGUGAAAGAAGAGGAAGACGCGUUCAGAGUGAAAGAAGAGAAAGACGUUUCAGUAAAAGAAGAGGAUGAAGAGAAAGAGGAGGAUGCAGUUUUUGUAGUGAAGAAGGAAGGAGAGAUUACUGUCACAUUGAAAGAUGAAGAGGUGGAGAUAGGAGAUCUGAGUAACACCAGAGAGAGGCGUGACUAUCGUGGAUCCUCUGGGGAGCCUCAACAUGAUGCUGACAAGGCAGAGAAGAGUCUCUCCAGAUCAGAACUCCUCAAGAAACACCAGCAGAGACCCACAGGAAAGAAAUCUCACUGCUGCUCUGACUGUGGGAAAAGAUUCAACUACUCAUCACACCUUAAAAUACAUCAAAGAAUUCACACUGGAGAGAAACCUUAUAGCUGUGAUCAAUGUGGGAAGAGUUUUACUACAUCUAGCAAUCUAACUGAACACCAGAGAAUUCACACAGGAGAGAAACCUUACGGCUGUGAUCAAUGUGGGAAGAGAUUUAUUCUACUACAAACCCUGAAAUCACACCAAAGAAUACACACUGGAGAGAAACCUUUUGGCUGUUAUCAAUGUGGGACGAGUUUUUCUCACUUAAGCAGCCUGAUAGGACACCAGCGGGGACACACAGGAGAGAAACCUUAUAGCUGUGAUCAAUGUGGGAAGAGUUUUACUACAUCUAGCAAUCUAACUAUACACCAGAGAAUUCACACAGGAGAGAAACCUUAUAGCUGUGAUCAAUGUGGGAAGAGUUUUACUAUAUCUAGCUCUCUGACUAUACACCAGAGAACACACACAGGAGAGAAACCUUAUAGCUGUGAUCAAUGUGGGAAGAGAUUUAUUCUACUACAAACCCUGAAAUCACACCAAAGAAUACACACUGGAGAGAAACCUUUUGGCUGUUAUCAAUGUGGGACGAGUUUUUCUCACUUAAGCAGCCUGAUAGGACACCAGCGGGGACACACAGGAGAGAAACCUUAUAGCUGUGAUCAAUGUGGGAAGAGUUUUACUACAUCUGGCAAUCUAACUAUACACCAGAGGAUUCACACAGGAGAGAAAGCUUAUGGCUGUGAUCAAUGUGGGAAGAGUUUUACUACAUCUAGCAAUCUAACUGAACACCAGAGAACACACACAGGAGAGAAACCUUAUGGCUGUGAUCAAUGUGGGAAGAGUUUUACUACAUCUAGCAAUCUGACUAGACACCAGCAAGUACACACAGGAGUGAAACCUCAUAGCUGUGAUCAAUGUGGGAAGAGUUUUAUUAGAUCUAGCCAGCUGACAGUACACCAGAGAACACACACAGGAGUGAAACCUAAUAGCUGUGAUCGAUGUGGGAAGAGAUACUCUGAUAAAAUAUCUCUGAUUAAACAUCAGAAAAUACAUACAUGAAGGAGUUGUUUCAUGAUAUCAAUGAAAUAAUGUCACAAUGUAGAAUGUUUUAACAUUGUAGUAGGAGAUUUUUAAUAAGUUUUGAUCUAUUUGAAUGAAUGUCAGAAUGUAGAACCAUAAACGUUUGUCCCCUGUUCAGUUGAUAUUAUCUAUCUAUAUUAUCUAUCUAUUGGUUUUAGCCUCAGCGGAAAAACCCAGGCCCUGAAUUGAAAGAGUACUAUUUAUUUAACAAAAAGUGACAAAAAAAAUUGUGUUACACUUACCACGUUGGUGACCCACUUGAAUCAAAAUGCAACACUUCAACAUGUUUAGGUUUUCAAUAUUCAAUAUAUCACAAACUGUUUCUGCAUAUUGGGUAUUGAUUUGGGCACGUUAAAACUGUGUUUUAACAUUGCGCUAUUCCCAUUUAGCCAAAUGUCAUUGAAAAGAUGUUGAAAAUAAGACUUAAGCCCAACGUCAAAUAUAUGUUCGGUUGCAGUUGUAGUUUUUUUCCCCAAUGAAAAACAACUUAAUUUCAACAUACUUGCAGCCUAAACACAUGGACGUAGUAUAAUAAAUUGGUCUAUAAUCAAUUGUAUUAACAAUCUUACAUCUUACAAUUCGCACGUAUAGCUCGUUAGCACGUAUAGCACGUAUAGCUCGUUAGCACGUAUAGCUCGGUAGCACGUAUAGCUCGGUAGCACGUAUAGCUCGGUAGCACGUAUAGCUCGGUAGCACGUAUAGCUCGGUAGCACGUAUAGCUCGUUAGCACGUAUAGCUCGUUAGCACGUAUAGCUCGGUAGCACGUAUAGCUCGUUAGCACGUAUAGCUCGGUAGCACGUCCAGUGCUCCAGUUGUCUUGAUAGAUGUGGAGAGUCAACACCUUUUGUUGCGCUACCGUUUUGGUUUGCUUCCUGUCUGUAAGUUUGGUGUGGGUUUUUCUUUUGUUUGCCUCUUCUUGGGCAGAUUUAGUGGGUGACUUUUAUGUCCCAGUUGUUGUUACUUGUCAACUUUCAGUGGACACUGAGAAAACUUUUAUUGCAUCAAAUGGUUGUUUUAUGCAACAGAAUAGAGGGUUCUUUGAACUAUUGUGUCUGUGUGUUCUACUGAGGAUGGGCCUCUGGGAGAAAACACUGACAGGAGAUUUACAAUGUCUUUUGGGUGAUAAAAACCUAAAGAGACCACAUUCCAGAGCAUGAGUUAAUGUUUCUGUUCUAUAUGGUACCAGGGAGAGAUGACCCCAGGGCCAGACCCUGGUCUCUACACAAAGAGUACUGUUUUUACAGCAGAUACUGUCUGCUGAGAAUUAUAGGUAUCUUUCAUACAAAUAUUAAUCUUGUGACCCGUUCUAUACAUCUGUUGUUCGUCAUGUAGAUUGAAAGGGUGUAUCUUGGCUGUAAAAUACCUUUGUACUUUUGUCUCGUGGCUCUCAACAAAUCAUCUGGGGGUGAUUUGUCGACCAGCCAUUAUCGUAGAACACUCAAUUGAUUCACUUUAUAUGUGUGCGUUGUCUUGACCUACUCCCUUAUUAUUAAGUGAAUAAAGAUUUAGUUUAAGAAUAA